AUGUGCGGAAUCUUCGCUUACCUCAACUUCCUCACACCGAAGAAGCGUUCGGAAAUUGUGGACAUUUUGGUUCAAGGACUGCAAAGAAUGGAAUACAGAGGAUACGACUCCGCUGGUAUCGCCAUCGAUGGAUCCAAUGACAUCGAGUCGCCUCAUUCGAAGGUUGCAUUGCUUCGGAAAGCUGGAAAGGUGUCAGUCUUGAGCGAUUUCAUCAAGGAGAGUGCUGAUGACCUUGACAUGGAUAUGGAGUACAACAUCCAUUGUGGUAUUGCACACACCCGUUGGGCCACCCACGGAUCACCACGUGAUGUCAACUCUCACCCACAUCGUAGCAACGACAAGAAUGAGUUCCUCGUCGUUCACAACGGAAUCAUCACAAACUACCGCGAGAUCAAGGAGUACCUCGAGAAGAAGGGACACAAGUUUGAAUCCGAGACCGAUACUGAAGUCAUCGCCAAACUCACACAGCACAUCCAUGAUCGCUACCCCGACUUCUCGUUCCGUCAGUUGGUCGAGACUGUUAUCCAGCAGUUGGAAGGAGCAUUCGCAUUGGCCUUCAAGUCGUCUCGCUUCCCAGGACAACUUGUUGCUUCUAGACGUGGUUCUCCACUUCUCGUCGGAAUUAAGAGCAACUCGAGACUCCAGACCAACCACUUCCCAGUCUCUUUCUCCAAAGAUGCUGGGUGGAAAUGGGGAGACGAAAAGCAAACUGAUGGUCGCCGGUUCAUGUCAAACCAUGCUACCCACUUGCGAGAUGAGUCAUCAUUCGUCGAGACGCCAAACAACAUCCUGGACCUUUCGAUUGCUGUCAGAUCGUCGAAUGGAUCCGCCAAGCUAGAGAUAUCCGACAGCACCACAGCCGUCCGCCCAUUCGAUUCUGCUGAUUGGGAAGUCGAAUACUUCGUUGCUUCUGAUGCCGCCGCCAUCAUCGAGCACACCAAACAAGUUCUCUUCCUUGAGGAUGACGACGUUGCAUUCGUUGAGGAUGGAGCACUCACUAUCCACCGUAUCUCCCGUCACGCCGACAAUGGAGAGCAAAAGAGAGAAGUUCAACUCCUCGAGAUGGAGCUCCAAGAGAUCAUGAAGGGAUCCUACAAGACCUACAUGCAAAAGGAAAUCUUCGAGCAGCCAGAUUCGGUCGUCAACACGAUGCGUGGGCGUCUCCUUCCAUCAAGACAAGUCGUUCUCGGUGGAAUCAAGGAGUACCUUCCGGACAUCAAGCGUUGUCGUCGUCUCAUCAUGGUUGCAUGUGGAACAUCUUUCCACUCCGCCAUUGCUUGCCGUCAAAUCCUUGAGGAACUUUCGGAGUUGCCAGUUGUUGUUGAGCUCGCCUCCGACUUCCUGGACCGUGAAACACCAAUCUUCCGUGACGAUGUCUGCCUCUUCAUAUCCCAGAGUGGAGAGACUGCCGAUACUCUCAUGGCUUUGAGAUACUGUAAGCCACGUGGAGCUCUCACUAUUGGAGUAACUAACACGGUCGGAUCAUCCAUCUGUCGUGAGUCUCACUGCGGAAUCCACAUCAACGCUGGACCAGAAAUCGGAGUCGCUUCUACUAAAGCUUACACCUCCCAGAUUCUCUCGCUUCUAAUGUUCGCUCUCACUUUGUCCGAUGAUCGCAUUUCAAUGGCCACUAGACGUGAAGAGAUUAUCGAUGCACUCAACGAUCUUCCAAACUUGAUCCGCGAAGUUCUCAAGCUCGACGACAAGGUCCAUGAGAUCGCUCAACAGAUCUACAAGGAGAAGUCGCUUCUCAUCAUGGGACGUGGAUUCAACUUUGCCACAUGCCUCGAAGGAGCACUCAAAAUCAAGGAACUUUCGUACAUGCAUUGCGAAGGAAUCAUGUCUGGUGAACUCAAACACGGACCACUUGCCAUGGUUGAUGAGUUCCUUAGCAUCUGUAUGGUUGUAUGCAAUGAUCAUGUCUACAAGAAAUCGUUGAACGCUCUCCAACAAGUCGUUGCCCGCAAAGGAGCUCCAAUCAUCAUCGCGGACAACUCUGUUCCAGAGGGAGAUCUUGCAGGAAUGAAGCAUAUUCUUCGCGUUCCAAAGACCGUCGAUUGUGUGCAGAACAUCCUUACCGUCAUCCCACUCCAACUUUUGUCCUACCACAUCGCCGAGCUCAAUGGUGCUAAUGUUGACCGACCCCGCAAUUUGGCCAAAUCCGUGACAGUCGAAUAA